CCCACCCCCUUUUUCUCUCCCCCACCUUCAAUCCGUCUCCCUCUCCUGCGAUCGCCGAUCUCCUUUUUUGCGCCUCAGCUCGUGUAUCGUUUGCAUUCACUCUUCCCUUCAAUUCUCUCCUCCGUGUUUUUUUUCUCUUGUCGCGUUCCUUUUCCCUCAUCCCCAUUUGCAGUGGGAAUUUCGUCGUGGACUGCCAUGUCUGGAAGGUGGUUGUGGCUUGUUGCUGUUGUUCUCUUCUCCUCUGUUUUAUUCUCCUAGAUCUUCCUCUGACAACUUUCAGUGAGAACACCCAUUCGCACCUCUUUUAGAAACCCUGAUUUUCCACCGUUUGUUUCUGCAAUUCAGGUUGGUUAUCAAAUACUAUCUCAUUGAUUAGGUGCAGCUAUUGAUGGAUUGCCUAAGUAAAUUGAAUGGAGUAACCCAACAGUAGCAGAGGUGAAAAGGGGAAAAAAAAUUGAAGGACUUCUAGACCACAGUAGUCAGAGCAAACUGGGGUGGGAAAAAUUAGGGUUUCGUCGUAGCAAAGUAGGGUGAAAUUCGGGAAGCUCAGAUUGUGUGCUUAUUAAUUAAUCGUAGGAGUAUUUCUGAUUCCUCCUACCUAUUGAUACUUGAAAGCGGUUUCCUGUGAGGGGGAAAAACAAAGGCAGAAGGAAGAGAGAGAGAGAAAAAGAGAGAAAUUAUUUUGUCGGGUUGCGUGUGGUUUAUACAAACAAAGGCUGCUUAGCUUUCGUUGUGCUAUUUUUGCUGUUUAUCUUAUUCCAUAAGGUAAGUGGUGGUGAAGUGUGUUUCUUAUUAGCUUUUCUGAAGGGGCUCUUGAAUCUUCUUUCUCAAUCCAGAUCGUCCAUUUUCAUCUACUGGAUUGGGAUGGGAAGUGGGAUUGUUCUAAUCAUUGAACAAUUGGUUUUAUUCUAAAAGUCUGAUUGAGGGAAUCUUUGUCAGUAAGGGUUUGAAGGAUUGUGGUUGGAGAAAUGGCUAUGGUGGCACCGCAGCACAGGGAGAGAGAGAGUAGCAGUGGGAGCAUUACCAAACAUCUUGAUUCCGGCGGGAAGUAUGUCCGAUACACUGCGGAGCAGCUAGAGGCUUUGGAGAGAGUCUAUGCAGAGUGCCCAAAGCCGAGCUCGUUGCGGCGGCAGCAGCUGAUUAGGGAGUGCCCCAUACUCUCCAACAUUGAGCCCAAGCAGAUCAAAGUCUGGUUUCAGAACCGCCGGUGUCGGGAAAAGCAGCGUAAGGAAUCAUCUAGACUUCAGAGUGUGAACAGGAAAUUGACAGCAAUGAACAAGCUGCUAAUGGAGGAAAACGAUCGCCUUCAGAAGCAGGUGUCGCAGCUGGUGUGUGAGAACGGUUACAUGCGGCAGCAGUUGCACGGCGCACCUGUGCCAACUACGGAUGGAAGUUGUGAGUCAGCUGUCACUACAACUCGGCAUUCUCUCAGGGACACUAACAACCCUGCUGGACUUCUUUCUAUUGCAGAGGAGACAUUGGCAGAGUUCCUUUCAAAGGCUACAGGAACUGCUGUUGAUUGGGUCCAGAUGCCUGGGAUGAAGCCUGGUCCGGAUUCAGUUGGGAUCUUUGCCAUUUCACAGAGCUGUAGUGGAGUGGCAGCCCGAGCUUGCGGUCUUGUUAGUUUAGAACCUACAAAGAUUGCUGAGAUCCUUAAAGAUCGCCCGUGUUGGUUCCGUGACUGCCGUAGCCUUGAGGUGUUCACUAUGUUUCCUGCUGGAAAUGGAGGAACCAUCGAGCUCUUGUAUACACAGACAUAUGCGCCAACUACUCUGGCUCCUGCUCGGGAUUUUUGGACUAUAAGAUACACAACCACGCUGGAGAAUGGCAGUUUUGUGGUAUGCGAAAGAUCACUUUCCGGUACCGGGGCUGGGCCAACUGAAUCUGCAGCAUCCCAGUUUGUUAGAGCUGAAAUGCUUCCGUCGGGAUAUUUAAUUCGUCCAUGUGAGGGUGGAGGAUCGAUUAUUCACAUUGUAGAUCACCUUAAUCUGCAGGCAUGGAGUGUGCCAGAGGUGUUACGGCCACUGUACAAAUCAUCAAAAGUUGUAGCACAAAGAAUCACAAUCGCAGCACUGAGAUAUAUCAGGCAGAUUGCGCAGGAGAUGAGCGGAGAGAUAGUGUAUGGCCUUGGCAGACAACCAGCCGUUCUGCGAACUUUUAGUCAGAGACUAAGCAGAGGCUUUAAUGAUGCUAUCAAUGGAUUCAACGAUGAUGGGUGGUCCUUAUUGAACUGUGAUGGUGCAGAAGAUGUAGUUGUUGCCAUAAAUUCAGCAAAGCACCUCACAACUGGAUUAAAUGCCCUUUCUUUGCUCGGAGGCAUUCUCUGUGCUAAAGCAUCUAUGCUGCUUCAGAAUGUCCCUCCAGCAGUGUUGGUUCGAUUUUUGCGGGAGCACCGCUCGGAGUGGGCGGAUUUCAACAUAGAUGCAUAUGCUGCUGCUUCUUUGCAAGCAGGCACGUAUUCAUAUCCAGGAAUGAGACCCAUGAGAUUUACUGGAAGCCAGAUAAUCAUGCCCCUUGGUCACACAAUUGAACAUGAAGAGAUGCUUGAAGUUGUUCGAUUGGAAGGACAUUCACUUAGUCAUGAGGAUGGCUUUGCAUCAAGGGACAUUCAUCUUUUACAGAUGUGCAGCGGAAUUGAUGAGAAUGCUGUUGGAGCCUGCUCUGAGCUAGUUUUUGCACCAAUCGACGAGAUGUUUCCGGAUGACGCACCACUACUCCCUUCAGGUUUCCGGAUAAUCCCUCUUGAUUCAAAACCAGGUGACUGGCAGAAUGCAUUGACUCCACACAAAACACUAGAUCUGACAUCAACACUUGAACUGGAAACCAGCAAUGGCACUGAAGCUGGUGGCUUGUCUUGCAAUUCCCGAUCAGUUUUGACAAUUGCAUUCCAAUUCCCUUUUGAGAAUAAUUUACAGGAUAAUGUUGCAACUAUGGCACGCCAAUAUGUCCGCACCGUUGUUUCCUCUGUCCAAAGGGUUGCCUCAGCCAUAUCCCCAUCAGGAUUAGGCCCUACAAUGGGUCCAAAGCUAUCUCAGGGAUCACCCGAAGCUCAUACUCUCGCACAUUGGAUCUGUCAGAGCUAUAGCUAUCAUGCAGGAACUGAUUUGGUGAAGGCAAACUCGGAGAGUAGUGAAUCAUUGUUAAAAACACUUUGGCAUCACCAAGAUGCCAUCCUAUGCUGCUCAUUGAAGGCUAUGCCGGUUCUCAUAUUUGCAAAUCAGGCAGGCUUAGACAUGCUGGAAACUACCCUAGUUGCACUACAAGACAUCAUGCUAGAUAAGAUAUUUGAUGAGUCGGGGCGUAAGGCAUUGUUUUCAGAGUUCGCCAAGAUCAUGCAACAGGGCUUCGCGCACCUACCGAGUGGUAUCUGCAUAUCAACUAUGGGCCGGCAUGUGUCAUUCGAGCAAGCCAUCGUGUGGAAAGUGUUUGCAGCAGAUGAGACCACUGUCCACUGCCUUGCCUUUUCGUUUGUGAAUUGGUCCUUCAUCUAAUUGCGGCAAUAUACAUAUAUAUAUAUAUAUUUACAUGAGUAUGUGUAUGUGUUUGUGUAAGAGUUUUAGCGUAUGAUUGUUACUUGGGGUGAGAUUUGCAGUUUUUGCUGUGAAAGGUUUGAUGGUUUGAAUCUAAAUUUGCUGUGUUGAUGAUGUUAUUGAAGAAUUUAUUGUUCAGCUGAGUGUGUGUGUGUGUAGUC